CAUCACUCUUCAGUCAAUAAAGCCGAAGUGGCCGAAGCAAUGGCUUCCCUGUCAUCAAAUCGUUUAAUUACGAAGAGACACAAGUGGUGUUUUUCAUUUGCUAUUAGGACAAAAUCUGAAAGGCAAGCAGAACUACCCUCUCCCCCUGGAUACAGUUCUUCUUUAGGUCAAGUCCAUGCGGAAGCAAGUAAAGAAACGGAUGCAAAUUUGAUUGUAAAGAAAUCAUGGGACAUAGCAUUGGCUCCCCUGAAGCAAGUUCCAAUGAACCUUUUUAUAAUGUAUAUGGCUGGAAACUCCAUAUCUAUUUUUCCCAUUAUGAUGAUUGGAAUGCUGUUCUUGAGAUUAGUAAAGGCUCUUUUGACAAUACAAUCCACUUUCAAACUUAUUGAAGGGAGUCAAGCAGUUCUUCAAAAAUUGGUGUACUUGUUUGGGAAUUUAGUUUGCUUAGCACUGGCAUUAUACAAGUGCUCUUCCAUGGGUCUUCUUCCUACCUAUGCAUCUGAUUGGCUAGAUUUUGUUCAACCACAGCAGAGAAUGGAAUUUGGUGGUGGCGGAAUGCUCUUGUGAUAGAUGCAGAUUUUAUUUUUCUGAAAUAUGUACUGGUGUUGUGAUCAUAUCUUACAGAAAAAAAAACUGAAAAGAGUUCAGUCUUUUUAUUGUUCUUUUUACUGAUCCUUGUAAAUAUAUUGGAAAUAAAUUAUUUAAGUUGUGUUAAA